AUGGAGACGGGCAGCUGGCGAGACAGUUCUUCGGUUCUUUUGAGGAACGUCUCGAAAACUAUUGUUAUCGCCGUCGUCGUCGUCGUUGAAAUCAUGACUGUUGUUAUGAAGGACCUCGGAUCUGGUGCAAGUGGAGGUUUUGGAGCUUGGAGACUUCAAGCGAAUGCAAGUCGGGCAAAGACGAUCCUUCUCGAUAUCGCCACGCCCACGAACAUGUCAAGAGGUGAUCCUCCUUCGCCUCCUCCUAACCCUCCUCCAAGUCCCUCGAGGACCGUUUCCCUCUUAUACUUUGGACCUCCGCAUCAGAAAACACCCCAAUCACUGUUCAAUGACUCCCGAACUCGACCACAAUAUAAUGUCGACUACCACGGAAAGAAAAAAGACAUUGUUUGGAAGACCAUGGGUACAUCGGAGGUACAUCUGGGCGUAUGGACAGACACAGAGAUUAACACUCGCUUGGUUUUUAUUGGAGCAGGUAGACUGGCUUUCGGCGUUCCUUAG